AUGGCUCCCCAAGCUCCGACGUCGGCGGCCUCCCCGACCUCUUGGGAACCUCCUGCCGGUGUCCUCCCUGCUUCAACGACGGCGCCCACUCCGGCCUUUCGGGCGCCUCCUGCCGGCGCCACCACCGGUACGACGACAGAGGCCGCCCCGGCCUCUCUGACUCCUUUUGACGGCACCACCACUGCUACAACGACGGAGGCCACCUCAGCCUGUUUGCCGCUGCCCUCUGUGAACGGCGCCGCCGCGACUUUCCUUGCCUUCCGCAAGGCCGACCCGGCCGUGCGGGGACGCCUGCAAUUGCUGCGGCCCUCCACAACCAAGACGCGGGCCAGCUCCGAUCCGAGCCUGGCGACUCCGACGCCUACCACGCCGCCUGUCGCUGCUGCCGAAGACGAUGGUCUUCAUGGAGCUCCCUUUGUUGGCCCCGAUUUAGGUGCAGCCCCCGACGCCGUUGUGCGGACCCCGCAGCCGCCAUUGGCCGUGUCGUGGGCUUCCCUCGCGGACAACGUCUGCAGCAUUGAUGAUGAAGACGAGCUCGCCCCGCUGACGCUGUUGGUUGCCAGACCCUUCUCCUUCCCGUCGACACGCCACCGCGAGCUGCCGUCGCCCGCCGUCGUGAGGCACCGUCAGGUCCAGCGCCGCCCACUACGUGCGCCUCCCAACUACGUCGCCGCCGCCGCAGCCGCCCACGUGCGAAGGAGGCAACCACCGCCGCCCACCUACGCAGCCCAACCGCCGCCGCCCCACCUCGCCCACCGUCGCCCACAGCUGGACCGCCUCCUCCCCGAGCAUACCAGGAACUCCGCCUCACCAAGAGGUACUCCGUCAUCGAGACAGGCUUGCUGGGAAGGCGUGGAUCGACGGAAUCGGCCCCGUCUCCUCCCACUCCGGCCGCCGCUUCCCCACACGACAUCGACGCCGUCGCGCCUCCCCUGGCUUCCUCGAGCCGUUUUAAGGAAUCAGUGUCAACUUCCGGUCUUCCAGACCACUUUCCCCCUCUCGAUCGCUUGGUAUUUGGCCUGGUCAUCGUCGGCCGCCGCUCGCCGCCGCUGGAGCUCGUCACGUGGCUCCUCCGAUGAACAAAAACCAGAGGCGCCGGCACCCAAGUGUCUACCACGGUUGUGCGCGUGCACGCUCGCCCACGCUUCAUGCUCUUCGGUGGAGCUCGUGUUGCUGCCUGCCUUCGUGUUGCUGCUGAUCCUCUCUGAAGAAGACAGGAGCACACAGCUAUGGAUUUGAACUUGAUCCCGGAAGAGGAGGAUGAAGCUCAACAAGAGGAACAAGCUCAGCAAGGUGAAGCUUUUGAUUUGAACUUGAUCCCGGAAGAGGAAGAUGAAGCUCAAGAAGAAGAACAAGCUCAGCCAGGUGAAGCUAUUGAUUUGAACUUGAUCCCAGAAGAGGAGGAUGAAGACAUUGAGUUGAAUUGGUUUCCUGAAGAGGAAGAAGCUCAAGAGGCACAAGAAGAUGCUCAAGAGGAACAAGAAGAUGCUCAAGAGGCACAAGAAGAAGCUCAAGAGGCACAAGAAGAAAUGGAAGAAGCUCAAGAAGCUGAUGCCCAUAAGCUGUUCAAAAGCUUUAUGAUGUUACAAGCAGUGAUGGUCGAAGUGAUGAAAGAUCAAGGAGGAAACAACUACAAGAUGCCGCAUCUGCAUAAGGAAGCGUCUACAGAAUGCUGGAGAGGAAAUAACCGGUGUAUAUUGUAAUCCUGAGCUAAUUACUGACACCAAGGCCAUUAUCGAACAAGGAAAUGAGUAAAUAGAGAAAGGAAAAAAAGAAAGAGAAAGGGAAAAGAAAAAGAAAGGAUAGGAGUAUGUGAUGUGUAUGUCAUGUGUCAUGUGUAUGCCUUGUGUA